AUGGAUAAGCGCGACGCUGCAACAGCAGCAGCAGACGCUGCAGCAGGAGAGGAGGCAGCGCAGCAGCAGCAGCAGCAACGCCGAACGCCCAGAGUCUACAGGACCAGCACAGCGCUAAGCGCAGCAGCUGCUGCUGGGGGGCCAACAGGAAGUUCAGCAGCAGGCAGCAGCAGCUCGCUGCGGCAGCGCUUUUACUGGGAUGUGGAGAAGGACGAAGUGACCUUUGCUGACGGCAGCAGUAGCAGCAGCAGCAGCAGCAACAACGGCAGCAGCAGCAACACCAUCUUUUCGUCAGGUGAAUUUACGCAGCUAGCGCAGCGAGAGGCAGCGGAGCCAAUUCCCUUUACCCUAGUGAAAGAUAUUGUUGAACGGAUGCCGGUUAGCAUCAGCAGCAGCAGCAACAGCAGUAGCAACAGCAGCAGCAGCAGCAAAGUCAGCAAGUUUGCUGCAGCACGGCAGCAUCCGCCCUUCCCGAAGGCUGUCCACCGCAGUCUGCUGCAGCAGCAGCCAUCGCAGCGGCUGCAGCUUCAGAAUAAAAAUCAAGCUGCCGCUACUGCUGCUCCUGCUGCUGCUGCAGUAUCUGACGCUGCGGGCACUGUAAACGACUCAGCAGCAACAGCAAAAGCAGCUGCUGCAGCAGAAGCAGCAGAAGCUGCGCGCCUUCUGGGGAUUGAUCCUGAUGAAGUGCAGCAGGCGCUGCAGCAGCUCAAGGAAAGACUAGGGCCUGAAAAGUUUGCCUUUCUGCAGCGGCGAGCGGAGCAGAAGCUGCAGCAGCAGCUGCAGCAGCAGCAGCAAGAGCAGCAGCAGCAAGAGCAGCAACAGCCUCAGCGGCAGCUGCAGCAGCAAAAUGCAGCCGAGGGGCAAGAACAGGUGAAGCAGCAGCAGCAAAAUAAGUCAAGUGGAGACGGCGAGGCAGCAAAUAAAGAACAGGAGUUCCUGCGCUACCGGAUAACGCUGCAGCGAGCUCCAGCAGCAGCAGCAGCAGCAGACACAGCAACAGGGGAAGCAACAGCAGCAGCAGCAGCGCAGCCACCCCCCUGUGGUGCCUUUGUGUUUGACUCACGUGAAGCCGCAAAGCUUCGGUGGACAGAUCCGCUGCCUGCGGAGGACCCUGCUGCUGCUGCUGCUGCAUCUGCUGCUGCAUCGCAGCAGCAGCAGGAGCAGAGGCAGCAGCAGCAGUUUGCUGCUGCUGCGGGAGUCCCGCUGGAGCAACCGCAGCAGCAGCAGCAGCAGCUGGCAGCUCUCCGCUUCGACUUCAGCGGGCGGCUGCGGACUGAUGCGUGGGGCCAGCAGGCUGCUGCUGCUGCAGUGGUUGCUUUCUGGCAGCAGCUGCUGCUGGGUGAGCCCAGCGAUGCAGCAGCAGCAGCAGCUGAAGCGGUGAGGAACGCUGCUGCUGCAGCGGAUGAGGCAGGCGUGGGCGCGUGGCUGACGCCUGCUGCUACUGCAGCAGCAGCAACAGCAGCACAAGCAGCAGCAGCAGCAGCAGCAGACCCUCUCGCCUACUACAGGGGCCUCCACCACCACGGGCAGCAGCCAGAAGCAGCAGGAUAUACUGUGGAGGAGGCGCUGCUGCUGGCCCACAGUGCUGCAGCAGCACAAAGGGCUUUGGCUGUUCGCAUGUUGGGGCAGCUGCUGCUGGCCGCGAGGUCCGUUUGCUUCCUUCCCAGCAGCGCAGCAGCAGCAGCGGCAGCAGCAGCAGCGGUGCCAGCACAAGCAGCAGAUAAGCAGUCGACCGCGUUUUCUGCGCUGCAGCGGCUGCUUGCUCCCCUACUAUUCCCUCAGCAGCAGCAGCAGCAGCAGCAGCAGGCUCUAGCGCUGCGAGGUGGCUUUGGAUUUGGCUUGGGGAGAUAUUUGCGCUUUUUGCUGCUGGAUCAGCAGCUGCUGUUUCGUUUGUGCGGCUGCCUCAUGUCAGAAGCUGCUGCUGUUGCUGCAGCAGCAGCAGCAGGUCUUGCAAACGUGUUCUUACCAGUGCACCCCACUCGCCGCCUGGGCCCGCUGCAGCAGCAGCGUAUGCUGCAGCUGCAGCAGCAGGAAGAGCGGGCUGCUGCUGAAGUUGCUGCUGCUGCUGCGCUGCACCUGCAGCCAGCAGACACCCGCCUUUGCUGCGCUGUUGCCACCCCGUACCUGCUGCACCUGCGCAGCCGCAGCAGAGAAGCUCCAGCAGCAGCAAAGGCAGCAGCAGCAGCAGCAGCGGGCGUUUGCAGCUGCAUGCUGAAUAUCUCCGACUCUGCAGCUGCAGCAGAAGAGCCCUCGCUGUUUCCUCUGGGAGGCCUGGACCUCGUGGGGUGUACGUACACCGCAGGCCCCCUGUGGCCUGCUGCAGCAGCUGCAGCAGCAGCAGAUGCUAGAGUGUGUCUGGGCCCUGGCAGCGCCUGGGCAGCUCUUGCUGCGCGCUGGGGAGACUUGCUGCCUCAGCAGCAGCAGCAGCCGCAGCAGCAGCGGCAGAGUCCUCUGGAUAUACCCCUGGGGGAGUCCUUUGGAAGACACCCGCAUGCAGCAGCAACUGACUUCGCGCUGCUGCUGCCGCGCGUGGCUUUGCUGCUGCAGCGGUGCUGGGGCAUGGCUGAGGAGGAGCAGCAGCUGGUGCGGCUGCUGUGCGGCCUCUGCACAGGGGGGCCGCAGCAAGUGCAGCAGCUGCUGCAGCAUAAACAGCUGCUGCAGCAGCUGCUGCGGCUCACAGAAAGUUUGCUUCUCGGGGCAGAGGCGCGCCACAAGCGGCGUGCUGCUGCUCGCAAUCAGGUCCUGCCUGCAGCUCAGUGCCUCCUUGGCAGCAGCAGCAGCAGCAGCAGCAGCAACGCUCUACAUGGGAGCAGCAGCAGUGGCAGCGCUGCUGCUGAGGAAACAGAUGAACACGACUUAGGGGAGCAGCGGCUUCUGCUGCAGCUGCUGCUUCUGCUGCGCAUCUGCGCCAGCCGAGUGGAGAGUCUGCAGCAGCUUGAGCCUUUCUUUGGUCCUUUGGAGCUUCAGGACAGCAGCGACGCUGCAGACGACAGCAGCAGCAGCAGCAGCGUGCUGGGGCUGACGCUGCAGUCUCUCAUGGCAGUUGUUGAGCAGCCCGAGCUGCAGGUUUUCCAGCAGCAGCAGCAGCAUCAGCGGCAGACGCAGGAGGAUGAAGAUGACCUCAAGUUGCUGCCUGUCGCAUGCGUGCUUCGCGUUGCUGCUGCAGCUAGUGCAGCAAAGCUGCUGCGGCUGCUGCAGCAGCGGGGCAGCUUAGCGGUGCCUGUUGAGCCGCUGCUGCCUGCCUUUGCUGCACAUGUUCGCGGCUUUAAUCGCCAGCUGCAGGUGCUGCAGGGCCAUUUGCUGCUGCAGCAAAUGUCAGAUUCGGGCGCAGCAGCAGAAGCUAGUGAAGCCACGCAUUCUUGCUUCACUCCCUGCUCCUGGCAUGCAGCAGCUGGUGGCCAGCUGGGCAGCUAG